AUGGAAAGGGAAUCGAACAAAGCCAUCGCUCGCCAUGUGCGCGAAGCCGUCAUCGCUCUCAAGGACACCCGUGGGUCUACAGCUAAGGAUAUAAAAAAGUACCUCGUCUCCCAAGGACAGAUCAGUCUCGACACGGACAUUAGACCAGCCAUCUUAUCUGCACUCAAGGCCAAGCAGCUGACCAGUCCGGAAGGCUCCAAAGGACGGUUUAUGUUUUGGGAAGAAGAACCACCGCGAAAGUCUAAAGAGAAACGAAAGUGCUCCUCGUGCAGCAAACGCCAGCGCUGCUGUAGGAGACGACGUCGUCGAAGGUCCUGCAGGAGGCGACGCAGAAGACGAAGAUGCUGCCGCAGGAGAAGACGCCAUCAUCACCACUGCCGUAAAGGGCACCGUAGACUGGACAAACGUCAGGCUCUCAAAAAGAUCUCCAGCAUGAAGAUUCCCACAGGCAAACAACUUGUCGUGUUUUGUGCGAGACGGGGACGGAAACGAAAAUGA